ACCACCAGAAAUGAAACUGAAAAUAUUUAAUUGUCCCUUGCCAUAGCUUUCAAGAGAACAUGGAUAUGGCUGCAGCAAAUGAACAGAAAACACAACUGUGCAGCAACUGCAAAAAGGAUAUUCUUGUAACUAACUUCACCAUCCAUGAGGUCCACUGUAAUAGAAAUAUUAGCCUGUGUUGUUUCUGCAAGGAGUCUGUGCCUAAAUCUGAAAUGAAAAUCCACAUUGAAUCUGAACAUGUGCAGGUUACCUGUAAGUGUAAUAUGAAGAUGGAAAAAAGUCACCUAGAGGAUCAUAAGGCAUCAGCAUGCCCUCUGCGUCUUGUAAUGUGUCAACAUUGUGAGAUAGAACUUGCAUUCAAUAAACUUCAGGAUCAUGAGGAUUACUGUGGAACUAGGACUGAAACAUGUAGCGAAUGCGGUCACCAUGUAAUGGUAAAAGAUUUGAAAGAGCACCCUCAAGUUUGUGGAAAGGUGAAAGAAAAGAGAGCUAGUCAAGCAAUGUCACAUAACUAUGAGGCUGAUGCUGCAAAUCUGUGUGCCUUUCAAACAAUCAGAAACAUUCUGAAGUCAGACAACUAUGUUGAGCCUUUACAGAGGAUGUACGGGCCAUUGGAAGGCCAAUUUAAUAGCCGCUUUGGAGAAGACCAGACUUCUAAGAAUAUUAACAGAAGAAAUGCAUCUGCAAUGCAGAGAGAUCAACCUCAAGGGCAUGAACUGGACCUGCUGGAGAGGAAUAAAAACACAGCAUCCUCUCUUUAUGGAGAGCUAAAUUCUGACUUAGACUAUAUGUUAGCCCUUCGACUGCAACGUGAGAAUAAUCCCUGCAACAGUAUUGCAGCUGAAAUUCACCAUGAUUUCUGGAACAACUAUGCUAAAGAAUCAGAGUCAUCUGAGUAUCUCAGUGGAACAAACAAAUCAGAUACUUUCUCUCCUGUCCCUUUGUCUAACACUUCAAAUCAGCUAAAAAAUGAUGAGAUCAUGUUACCAUGUGAAUUUUGUGAGGCCCUCUACCCUGAAGAAGACCUGAUUCUCCAUGAGACAGGCUGUAACCCAGCAAGUGCCUUUGCUUCAUUCAGUAAACGAAGUUCCUCACCAAGUCAACAACAAGAAUGCAACAGACCUGCUAAAGAUUUCUUAAACCAACUGCACAGCGGCAAAUCUACAUAUUCUCUGCAGCAUAAAGCUGUACAGACAGAAGGGAGUAUCAUCAUUCCAUGUGAAUUCUGUGGAGUUCAGUUAGAAGAGGAAGUACUCUUCCACCACCAGGACCAGUGUGACUUACGCCCAGCCACUGUCCGCCUAGGGGAAUCAUGGCAACCAUUGCCACACAAAGACAACUUGAAGAGAUCCGAAUCGCCAGACGUUAGAAGACGCAUCAGGCAUCAAGGUGAAAUCUUAUCUGGAUACCUAGAAGACUUCAGGCAGCAGAGAUUCACCCAUGAAAUAGGAGUAAGCCAAUCACUAAAUAACUUGGAAGCUGCCAGAAGCAUACCAUUGGCCUCUCUUAGUUCGGUAAGAGUGAAUGAUGCUCCGACCCAAGGGAAGUCCAGCAACUUAGCUUGUAAUGAAGGAAGACUGAGAAACAGAGGCACCUCUGAAUCUGGAGGAGGUCGUCCUAUGUCACUUGUGCAACCCCCUCAAAACUUCCACUCCGAAAGCUAUGUGCCGACUUUCCAAGGGAGGUCUCCCCCACGACCAAGUGUGAGAAACGAAGCAAGCCGAAAUCCUAGGAUGGGAAAUGUACCUGUCAAUUUCAGAAACCGGAGAACAAAGGCAAAAUCCCAGAGACCAGAGUCUGGCCAUCAUGAGGAAGAAUAAUGUAUCCUGGAUGAAGCACAUUUAGCACUUGAGACUUUUACUAUGCACUAUAUAAUACUUAUUUAUCCCAGCUCAAGUAUUUGCUAUGUUGCCACCAUCAAUGAAGACUCUUAACUUUUUAUUUUUUUUAGGCAGUGACUUUUAAAGGGAACCAAACUACUAAAGUUUGUAGAAGCAGCUUAUAGUAUAGCUGCUCUAUAGAAAUGGUAGAGUAAAUUUUAUAUUGUUGCUUAUUUGGGUAAUCUAAACUGGCAAAAUCCUAAAUCAGUUCUUGGAGGCGAAACCUAUUCUUUUUGUUAUCUGCUUGUUUGUGUUAGAGGGAUUUUCUUCUACUGUGCUAGCCCUUGACUUGGCAAUGUGCAGCAGAAGUAAUCUAGUGAUGAAACAAAGUAAAUAAAUGAAUAGGUUCUAUCUGAGCAGUAAACCUGUUAAACAUAAAACAAUCAAACUACUCAAGAGGAAGAGCCUGCCCUGGUAGAUUAUGGUGGGCUUCAGUACUUGUCUGACUACUUCAGUCAGAUUC